AUGACUACCCUUUCGUCGCCGUCUUGCGCUUGCAGCGUUCAAGGCGACGAACCGGUCGAUGUCGCAGUAUCCUCGAGUGCCCAGGCUCAGGGUAACAUCCGCCCUCGGAGACGUCGACAUUCCUUCUUUCUUCCGAGGAGAAAGUCCAUCAUCGGCCACAUCAUCGAUACCGAGGAAGGCCUUCUUUUGAAGGUCGACCUCUUCCUGUCGGAACUUGAACGACGGCUCGACUUUAUCGAAAACCAUGGAGACCCGCUCGAUUCCAGCAUAAGCAGGGCGUUUUCGACUCUUCAGGCCGUCCGAGAAAGAUGCUGUCAGGCAUCCGAAGAGGUUCUAGGCGAGGGACGUCGGCGUCUACAUGUCAUGGUCGAGACCCUCGAAGCCAGAUACCAUGAAGGCUUGACGUCGGGCGAAUCCCUACAUGAAAAGGCCCGCCUUGGUCUUGAGCUCCUGGAAGGGAUGCUCUCCGAAUUCGAGACUCGGGCCUAUAAGUUCCGCGAGCAAGGACUCGCCAACGCUGCCGGUGCCGCUGGCGCAUUCAUGGAGGAGAGCCGAAGGGUCGUCGACAAGGGAAUCGAACGCGCCCGAGAUGCCGUUGACGAAGGUAUCGAGCGAGCCAUGCGAGCAGCCGAAACACUAGAAGAACAUAUCCAAUACGCCAUCGUUCGGGCCAGGGAGACCGGCUUGAUUGUAUAUGACGAGCUGCCCGUCCCAUGGAGGGUCAACCCACACAUCAGGAAAGGGUACCGUUUCACCGAAACCAAAAUCGAGUGUAUCCGGUCUGCCUUCGGCAUCCAUAAUGAGUUCUUCAAUAUCUGGUCACACGCACUGGGUCUGGUUGUAGUUCUCGCCGUCGCCCUAUACUUUUACCCUCGGAACGACAACUUUUCUCUGAGCAGCCAAACCGACAUCUUCAUCGCCGCCGUCUUCUUCUCUACCGCUUGCUUGACCCUUGUCUGUUCGACCGUUUGGCACACAAUGAACGCUGUCGCCGAUAUGAAUGCCAUUUCCUUAUUCGCUUGCGUGGAUUACACCGGAAUCUCAUUGCUCAUCGCUGCGUCCAUCAUGACGACUGAAUACACGGCGUUCUACUGCGACCCCGUCAGCCGUUGGAUCUACAUGUCAACGACUGCCAUCUUGGGAAUCGGAGGUGUUAUCUUGCCUUGGCAUCCGACUUUUAAUGGGGCGGACAUGGCCUGGGCUCGAGUCGCCUUCUUUGUCGGCCUGGCUGCUACGGGGUUUGCCCCCAUUAUCCAGUUGUACUUCAGCCACGGCCCGAACUUCGUGUUGGAGUUUUACUCGCCCAUCGCCAAGUCGAUCUGCGUGUACCUGGUGGGUGCUUGCGUGUACGCUAGCCAGGUUCCCGAGCGGUGGUUUCCAGGCAUGUUUGACUACAUCGGCGGCAGCCAUAAUCUGUGGCAUCUGGCGGUCCUUGGCGGCAUCCUCUUCCAUUACACUGCCAUGCAAGCCUUCUUUACCGAUGCCUUUCGCAGGGCUGAGGGCCAAUGCUCUCACUAUUGA